AUGAACAACAACAUCGUGAUAGCCCUCGUAAUCCUAUCCCUCCUAGGCACAACCGGCGCCAUCUACCUCUACACCUUCCGCUGGCGCGCUCAAGCCAGAACAGAACUCCUCCUUGCUCGAGCCGAAUCCCGCAAAAGACAGACCUCGGCAUCUCAGGCUCAGACUCAAACUCAAACUCAGGCUCAGGAUCAGAGUCCCAAGGUCCGCGAGGUAGUCGUACGCGUAGCAUCUCGAGCUCCGUCUCGAGACCCCUCCUCACGAUCUACUCAUCCACUUUUAACUCCACCCUCUCCUCCUCCAGCGUCAACAACAUCAAGACAAGAAAAAAGAGGAAGAAGCAGAUCAUCUGAUCAUCAAGAUCCCAAUGCCAACCAACCCCAAGGACCACCCGAUCCUCCGCCCCGAAACCAAUCUACAAUGUCCAAACGCCAACAAAAGAAAGACCGACGUCGACAACAACUCCAAAAGCAACAGCAAGAGCAAGAACAGCAGCAAGACACAACUACCGAAUGGAACAACGCUGAUGACCCUCUGCCUUUUGGCGAUUGGGGGGAUAACUCAGCAGCACAGGAGAACGGGAGCUCGAACCAAGCUGGGAGUACAGAUUGGGGUGGGGCACAGGAUCAGGCGAAUGAGGCGCGGAAUAUGGGGCAGCAGGAUGAGCAGGCGGGGACUGGGCUGGAUAGUGCGUGGGGGGCGAGUGUGGAGGCUGUUGCAGGGAGCCCUUGGGGGGUUACGGGUGGACAGACUGAUUGGGGGGCUGCGGGGGAUGAUGGGGGACAGCAGGGUGGGUGGCAUGCUGAUGAUGCGAUGGAGCAUAAAGGUGAGCAGGAGAGAGAGACGGGGGCUCAGAAGUCCGAGUGGUGA